UUCCGCCCGUUGCUAGGCGACGUGGCCUUCCGGUAGCUUCCGGGUGGCGGGGUCUAUUUCCGGGAGCGCGGCGGCGUUGCCGGGGGUGUGUGUGGGGUGGUGGUGGCAUCACCAUGAGCACUAUGUUCGCCGAUACCCUCCUCAUCGUCUUCAUCUCCGUGUGCACCGCGCUGCUGGCCGAGGGCAUAACUUGGGUGCUGGUAUACCGAACAGACAAAUACAAGAGAUUAAAGGCUGAAGUGGAAAAACAGAGCAAGAAAUUGGAAAAGAAGAAGGAAACAAUAACUGAAUCGGCAGGCCGACAGCAGAAAAAGAAAAUAGAGAGACAAGAAGAGAAACUGAAGAAUAACAACAGGGACUUGUCAAUGGUUCGGAUGAAAUCCAUGUUUGCCAUUGGCUUCUGCUUCACUGCCUUGAUGGGAAUGUUUAACUCCAUAUUUGAUGGCCGAGUGGUCGCAAAGCUUCCAUUUAUCCCCCUCUCGUACAUCCAAGGUCUCUCCCACCGCAAUCUUCUGGGUGAGGAUUAUACUGACUGCUCCUUCAUCUUCCUCUACAUUCUCUGCACGAUGUCUAUCAGACAGGGUCUUAAGAACUUCACCUUUGGUGUCAAGACUCCCAGUGUUAGGGAUGUGACACAGAAGCGGGGUCUGGUAUAAGGAGGCAAGAGUAGGCUACAUAUAGCUCUCCAGUACAGCUGGUUAGUCCCAUCCUUUGAAAAGAGAAGCACCAGUAAGGAUCAGGGAAGUGCCUGUUCAGAAAGGUUCACUAGCAGCUUAAGUGGCAGAAUGGCUGGUGAGGACAAGUGGGCUUUCUCAGUGCAAUCAGAAGUCUACUUUGCCAAAUUUCCCCAGAGAGUGCUGGGGAUAAGUUAAUAGACUCUGGGGGCUGGAUGAAUGCUGGUGCAACUAGCUGCAAAUUACCUGCUCUUCUGUAUUUAUAUUUCCUUUUUCUUUGAUUCACUUCCUGAAUUCUUGCUGCUGUUCUCCUUGACCGACUUGUUGCUUUUCCUCAGGGGGUGCCAAGGGACUUAGAAAUACUUAAAGCAGAUCAGCAAAAGGAAGUGGUGUGUUAUGCCAGCAGCUGUCAGAAGUUUGGAUGAGCUUGAUAAAGCAGCUUAAUAAUAGAGAGUUCCCUUAGUCACAAAGUGCACGCUAGUGAAUCAAAUUCUCCAUAGCCCUCCAUAUUGGGUGCUUAUGUUGAAAUGGAUCUGCAUCUGGUCCUGUGCGAAAGCAGAUAAUGAAUUGUAAAAUAAUUUAUGUUGAAAGGGUCACCUGGAGGUCAUCUGGCCCACCCCUCACUCCAAGCAGGGCCAGCUUCAGAGUACCAAAGGCCAGGGGCUUCCUUAUUCUGUUUGCUGCAAGACAAAUCUUGUUUUGUUUCACUUCCCAGUAACUGGAACAGUGUUUGCUGCUUUGAAAGAAAUGAGACCUUUUUAUGUCUUAGGAUCAUCUUCCUGAAUUCCUGGGAUACUGUGGUCUGAUGCUGUUGUUUCAGGCAAUCUUGUCUGGUGCUGCUCUGUGUUACUCACCUGUUGCAUGAAAAGUCCCUUCUUUCCAAUGUUGCAGAUUAUUGUAUGAAACUAAAUAGCACCAUCAGCAAGAUUUUUCUGCGCCCAUUGGGUUGAUUGGGGAACUCCCUUGCUGAAAAAUCCCCUAUGGAUUUUUUUUUUUGUCAAAAAAUAUAAUUCCUGUGGUUAGUUCUAGUCCUGGGCAUUUCCUGAUGUUUCUUAUUGUGAAAUCAGUAGACAGCAUGAACUGAGUGGUGGUCCUGUCUGGUUCUGGGCAGAAAUGCUGAGCUAUUUGCAGUGGGUUGGGCUUUCAAGAGAAAUUCUGGGAAAAAAAAAUUGCCCUUAUGCUUGAGAGUUCAUGCUGAUGGCCUUGUGGAGGACAUAAGUUACUUGAUUGCUUUGGAGAAGGGUGUUUUUGCUUUGAAGUGUUAGAUUGCAGUCUUCAUAGUGCUGCCUUAUCUAUAUGAUCUUGUUAAGUAUACCUGCCGGUCUCCAGCUGUUAGGCAGCUCAGUUUCUUCCUCCUUGCUACAUGGAGGGAAGGGCAGAGACCAGCCACAUUAGUUUGUGCAAGAGCUAGGAACUGAAGCUGUGAUUGGUGGCAUCCUGCUCUUGGCUUUAUUACUGUUUGAAGGAACUUAAAUGAUAACAGCAUUGGGAAGAGGACUUUGAAGGGCUGUGAGAGGCUGGGGAGAGGGGAAGAAAGAAAUUAAGGGCUUAAAAUGGUGCCAAAGACUUGCUUUUGGUGCUUCCAUUGACCUUGGAAGUGGAAGCUUUGUGACCCUUUCUGUUUCACUGUGUGCGAAAGGGGAAAUCUUGCCAGGUCAGCUUCAAAACAGCUGUUAGCCCAAGGGAGGAGAACUGAUUGAUGUGGGAGUUAGCAUCUGGCUUGAUGCUGCUGACACAAGAGGAGGAGGAGUGGAGAUGUACCAGAAGUCAGGGGACAGGUUGCAAACAAACGGAGACCAUGCAAGCCUCAGCCUUCCCUUAAAUCCUGAAGCUGCCUGUGAAAUGAUCAAAGGCAGGGAAGAGAGGUGUCCCUGUGGAACUCAGAAGUAGAGGAAUUCAUGUGUGUGUGAAAAAACAGUGACCUGGAGGGAAAUGCGGGGGAGUAUGUGAGAGGAGGGAGACUAACUGGACGGUGAUUAAAUUGACAUUAAUGGGAUGGGCAGUAGCAGCAUCAGGCAGUCUCUUCAUGUGGUCCUCAGGCAUGUGGGGGUGAUAAACUCUUCGAACACUGACUGGGAAGCUUGCUGCCUGUGACCUGGCCAGCAUCUCCCAAAAUAGUCAACUCACAGUGAGUAACUUCCUUUGCACUGUUCCCAGCUCUCCCUGGCACGUAAAUCCUGUCCCCUAGUUCCUCCUGCCUUCCUGUUUGGAGAGAGGAGGGUUGCUGGGAGAGGCCUUCCAAGGGUCCUUGAGCUGUUGGGUUUCAGCUGGGAAAGUCUGCUGCUGGGCUGGGCGGGAGGCGUAAUGUCAGGGUUACAUCCUCUGUCCCCGCUUCUGUUUCUGAGCUCCCAGCCUUCACCUGUGCUGUUUGUGAAGAGGGAUAUGCUGCUGUUCCUCAGGCGUCUGCUGGUCUUCACUUCCUUUUCGCACAUGCCUGAACUGUAGAUUAGGCUGCUUCUCUCUGAAGUGUGUUCCCAGUGGGAAGGGGAGUCGGCAAUUAUCCCUACUGCCAGGAGUGCACUUUCCCACAUGGCCUGAUCUUGGGGCAGGGAGCAACUCGCUGCCUUGUCUUUCAGGCCCCUUGUGGGUUUGAAGACAAAAGCAGAAGCAGCUCCUAUCCUUCCUGCAGUCAUUUGAGGAAAGUUCAGAAGAGCUCAGAUGAGAAAUUUGGAUCCUUAAGUCUUACAGGUUUCCAUCCCUUCUCCUGAAGGUGAUGGUCUUGUUUGUGUUGGAAGUAGACUCUGCAGACUUCUUGUGCUAUGUGGCCCACAGCAGACAGGGCAGGCUUCUGUUGGACCUUGCCCCAGCCCUGGUGUUUCGAGCUGUGUAGACUUCAGGAUUGCUCUCCAG